UUUAGGAAAUACCGUUAUCCAACUUUCACAUCACUUUUUCCCAUUCACAAAUUCACUUCAAAAUCAAAUUUCCCAAACAAAUUCAGACUAAUCUCACUCUCUGCACUUCCCAACCACACAAAUGGCUUCCAUGGCUUUCUCCACAACCUUCUUCACUCCUCUUCGUGAUUUCAACCAAUCUAGAACCAAUUCAACCCCUUCAACUUCUUUCCACUUUACCAAAUCCUCAAUUGCUUCUUCCAAGUCACCGUUUUUUCAACUAGGGUUUGCUCAACAACCUUCCUCCAGUUUUCCAAUUGUUCCCUCCAAGACUCGGUCUUUCUCAGUCAACGCUAAAGCUAUUAAAGAUAAAACCAUUUAUGAUUUUACUGUUAAGGAUAUUGAUAAGAAGGAUGUUUCUCUUAGCAAAUUCAAGGGGAAGGUUCUCUUGAUUGUCAAUGUUGCUUCAAGAUGCGGCUUGACAUCAUCAAAUUACACAGAACUCUCGCACUUGUAUGAAAAUUUUAAAGAUAGAGGUUUGGAGGUUCUAGCUUUCCCUUGCAAUCAAUUCGGCAUGCAGGAGCCUGGAUCAAAUGAAGAAAUUAAACAAUUUGCUUGCACUAAGUUCAAAGCAGAAUUUCCAAUUUUUGAUAAGGUUGAUGUAAAUGGACCAUUUACUGCUCCAGUAUACCAGUUUCUGAAAUCAAGCUCUGGGGGCUUUUUCGGCGAUCUUGUCAAGUGGAAUUUCGAGAAAUUCUUGGUUGAUAAAAACGGUAAAGUUGUUGAAAGAUAUCCACCAACAACCUCUCCUUUUCAAAUUGAGAAGGAUAUCCAGAAGUUACUUGCUGCAUAAGUAUAUUCAGGAAUGAGGAAAAUCGAAGCCAUGAUUGCCGAAGGAGUUAAAGUUUAUCAAAAACAAUAAACAUGAUUAUUAGUAUUCUGUAAAUUCGUUUGGCAUAAAGAGAAGAAAAAUAUUACUAUACUUUAGCGCUAAAAGAAUGAAGUUUUAUAUGGUCAGAAUUUUUGUUAAAUUUCAGACUUUACAAUUUUUUAAACAUUAUUCAUUUUCCUUCUUCAA